UCUCGUCUUCGCCGAGACCCCACGGCCGAGGACACCGGGAUGCGGCGUGGCCGGUCCGAGCUCCGUCUCCACGAGUCUCACCCAUACCUUUCCCUGGCGCGGCCGUGCAGACCUGAUCGGGCGUCGUUCGGUAGAGCCGGUGUUUGCGCCCCGGCGGACCCGUUUCGCCCAGUGCCGACUGUCACGUGCUCCCAGCCCAUGCCCCACACAGCGGGCAGCAAUCCUCCCCAGGAGCAACCCCCCCCCCCGCGGAAAGCCUCAGCGCGUCCCAUCUGGCACGCCCACGCCCGCGUCUCUCCCUUCUUCUUGGGCUUGCUUUCCCACUUUGGUUCCACUCACACCAUGCUUCCUCCCCCCAGGCCUUUGCCUGUGCUGUCACUUGCCUGUAAAGUCAUCUCCCCUUCCCUGUGCCAUCACCUGGAAUAGGAAGGAAAAGGCGCCGUCAUCAAAAACCCCCUGAAGAACACUCGGGUGUGCCAGGCAGAUAGAGGUGGGAGGGGAGGUAGGGAAGGAAAUAUCUGAGAGGAAGAGAAGCAGGAGGGUUAUCAACAAAAUUUGAGAACAGAAUUUCAAGAUGAAGACGCUGGUCAUCUGUGUCAUCCUGAAGAAAAGUAGAGGAAAGUCUGGACUCAUUUCUAAAGCACUGUACUACACUGAUGACACCGCCAUGGCCAGAGCCCUCGUGCAGUCUCUGCUGGCCAAGGAGGCCUUUGAUGAGGUGGACAUGGCUCACAGGUUUGCCCAGGAGUACAAGAAAGACCCUGACAGAGGUUAUGGGGCUGGAGUAAUCACCGUCUUCAAGAAGCUCCUGAGUCCCAAGUGCCACGAUGUCUAUGAGCCCGCCCGGGCCCAGUUCAAUGGGAAGGGCUCCUAUGGCAAUGGGGGUGCCAUGCGGGUAGCAGGCAUCCCCCUGGCCUACAGCAGUGUCCAGGAUGUGCAGAAGUUUGCCAGGCUCUCAGCCCAGCUGACCCACGCCUCCUCCCUGGGUUACAAUGGUGCCAUCUUGCAGGCCCUGGCUGUGUACUUGGCUCUGCAGGGUGAGUCCUCCAGCAAGCACUUCCUCAAGCAGCUCCUGGGCCACAUGGAGGAGCUGGAGGGGGAUGCCCAGGCUGUCCUGGAUGCCAGAGAGUUGGGUAUGGAAGAGCGUCCAUACUCCAGCCGCCUGAAGAAGGUUGGAGAGCUUCUAGACCAAGACUCAGUGACUCGCGAGGAAGUGGUGUCUGAGCUAGGGAAUGGCAUUGCUGCCUUUGAAUCUGUGCCCACCGCUAUCUACUGCUUCCUGCGCUGCAUGGAGCCUGACCCUGAGAUCCCCUCUGCCUUCAACAGCCUCCAAAGGACUCUCAUCUAUUCAGUCUCACUUGGUGGGGACACAGACACCAUUGCCACCAUGGCUGGGGCCAUUGCUGGGGCUUACUAUGGGAUGGAUCAGGUGCCAGAGAGCUGGCAGCAAAGCUGUGAGGGCUAUGAGGAGACAGACGUCCUGGCCCAGAACCUGCACCGAGUCUUCCAGAAGAGUCUGUGAGGGCACAGCUGCUGGGGCUCUGCCAUGUCCAGCAGGACUAACCACAGCUCAGAGGUCCCCCAAGCUGGCUCCCCUGCCUCAGUCUUCCUGCAGUGCAGGGGGUAGGGUGUGCACCCUUGGUGCUGGGGCUCUGGUUUGUUGCAGAGCUGCAUGACACCCUUGGUGUCCUCAGUGGGGUCCAGGACAGAUUUUAUUUUAGUGGGGUGCUUACAACAUUUUCUUUUUUAUCUAGGAUAUGGAAUUUGGGGAAGUGGAAAUGACCUGCAGUAGCAUCAUUUCUCUCUGCUAGGUCUUAGCCAGUUUGCCUGACAGCUGGGCAGGCACCUGCCUACAGCUGCUCUAGGUCCACAGCUGGCUCUCAGCUAUCCUGGGGCUGACAGCUUCCAGUGGAAGUCACAGCAAUAAACAAUCUUCAGUAAAUCCA